AUUUAAUAAUUAUGAAUCGUGGCCUUAUUUUAGUGAAAUUAGCUGCAAAUAAUAACUCAGAUAAUGAACCCAGUACUUCUGCAGAUUUUUGCUAUGAACAUAUUUUUGUUGAGUAUGAAAAUCAACUUUCGGGCAACAACAACCACAACAUGGAAACUACCAAGCAAGAACUUGGUUCACAAUUACAUACAUUGACAAGUGAUGCAACAGUUCAUAAUUCUGCUGUGUCUGAUGAAAGGGAUUGCGUUGGAUUCGAUGAUGAGCAUAGAAAUCCUGAUUCUGCUGGGUCUGAUGAAGAGGAUGUCGUUGGAUUCGAUGAUGAGGAUAAAGAUCCUGAUUACAUACAAAUCGAAAAUGAUGAACUUUCCCUAUCAGAUUCAUCAAUGACCAUCACAAAGGAGGUGAGGAGUAAUUUUUCAUUGACAACUUGUGAAUGUAGGUACAUGGUUUAUGAUGGAUGGAUUAAACCAUGUAUGUUUGAGACUCAUGUUGGAUAAAUAUUGUAUCAUUGAUAUGGGAAAGGCCAAAAACUCAUGAAUGAAAGAUUUGGACAUUUCACUUUACAUGAAGCAAUUA